CAUCUAUAGGGAAGAUAUUGAAGCUUAAGCAGAAGAUAGCCUCAGCUACUUCGGCCAUCAAAUCUGUCUUUGGACAAGAAGAUACUCGGCCGGAUCCUGCUGAGAAAUUAGAGCGUUUACGGGAUAGGAUGAUCAAAGUACGGGAGCUUUUUCAUGACAAAGAUUCAACAGAAUUUGUCAUUGUAACAAUCCCCACGGUGAUGGCGAUUAGUGAGUCAUCAAGGUUGCGUGCUUCCUUGAAGAAGGAAAAUGUUCCUGUCAAGAGGCUUAUUGUUAAUCAGGUCCUUCCCCCAUCUGCCUCGGACUGCAAAUUUUGCGCAAUGAAAAGGAAGGAUCAAAUGCGUGCUCUUGAUAUGAUCCAGAAUGAUCCAGAACUCUCUGGUUUGUCGUUGAUCCAGGCACCCCUUGUUGAUGUGGAGAUCAGAGGUGUUCCAGCUCUUCAGUUCUUAGGGGACAUUGUUUGGAAGUGAAAAUCUUUUUGAUGAUAUCAAUGAUUCAACAUUAUUGGGUAACAACUUUAACACUUCUGUAACCUUUUCUUUCACCCAUUUAAACCAAGUUAUUUUUUAAACUAGCAUUUUCUAGCAAAAUAUUUAUGAAUAAAAUGGGGACUGAAUGUUAUGGUAUUCCUAUGAAA